AAUAAAUAAUCCUUAUAGUCAUCAAAGGCCACCUAAAGUAUAAGCAUUCAUAUAUAAACCAGCCUGUUUCUGGAUAAGACCAGACAACAUAUUACCACUCAAUCUCGAAGAGCUAGCAAGCAGUUUAUUGUUGUUAUUGUCGUGCAGAGAGAUCAGAGCAGAAAUAUAAUGGAAGCUAACAAAUGGUUCAGAAGCUUUAGCACAGGAGGAAGGAAUAUCCAGCUGGGCCGCCAUUACGGUGAAGAUGAAGCGAGCAAGAAAGAGUCGAUUUGGAAGGUGAUUUGGAGGAAGUUUUCGAAAGAGAAGAGGAACAAGAACAAGAACAAGACGAUGAUGAAGGGCAGAUUUGAGUUCUCCAGAUCUGUGCAUGUACAGAUUCCUAGCUACGACGAGUACACUUAUUCACAGAAUUUUGAUAAGGGUUCUAACUGGGAUGAGCCUGAUCAGCUCUUGAGAUCUUUCUCCGUUCGCUAUGCUGAUCGAUCGAGGAUGAUGAUUUUCAAGUAGCUUCAAUUCGUUAGGAUAAUAUAUAUAUGUGAUCACGAGUGAAGCUGCAGAGAUUCAUGAGUUACGCUGAUGCAUAUCUGCUUGUGUUCUUCAUUUUUUUUUUUUUUCAAUUCCUUAUAGGGAUUAUAUAUGUAUGUAUACGACUAACAUGUUUGGUUGUCUUGUAAAUUGUUUGAUGCUAAAGCUUUUGGAGAAUGGAAGUCAUGAGAAUGCGACUUUAGGCUUUUGCUAAACUGUUUGCUGGAUAAUGAAGAUCAUAUCAGUAAACGCGUACUUUAUACUCUUUACAAUUACACUACAUACCUUUCAAAUAGGAUGAAAUCUUGUUUAAUGAUGGACAAAUAAUUCUUCUUUGA